UGCCUGCGGCUGCCGCUGGCCAGAGACGCCCGGGCGGGCGAGGGGCGAAGCCGCUCCGCGGAGAGGCGGCGGGGCCGGGGCAGGAGGCUCCCGUUGGGCGGCGGGGGUGGGGUAUCCGGCUCCGCUGCCCUCCCGCCCCUCAUAAAGCUUUGAUGAGACACUUGAGCUGCCGCCUGUGUUGCCGGGGCGGCGGGAGGCGGCCGGUGGGACUGGGCGCCCGGGAGAGGAUGUGACUUCCCGGAGGGGACCCGGACAGGCUUUGUGUGGACGACGAGUUCCACCAAGUGAGAAGAGUGAUGACCAUCCUUUUCCUUACUAUGGUUAUCUCAUACUUCAGUUGCAUGAAAGCUGCCCCUAUGAAAGAAGCUAGUGUAAGAGGACAAGGCAGCUUGGCUUACCCAGGUCUUCGGACCCACGGGACUCUCGAGAGCCUAAAUGGGCCCAAUGCUGGUUCAAGAGGACUGACAUCGCUGGCAGACACUUUUGAACACGUCAUAGAGGAGCUUCUAGACGAGGACCAGGACAUCCAUCCCAGCGAGGAAAACAAGGAUGCAGACUUGUACACAUCUCGAGUCAUGCUAAGCAGUCAAGUGCCUUUGGAACCCCCACUGCUCUUUCUGCUUGAGGAGUACAAAAACUACUUGGAUGCUGCAAACAUGUCCAUGAGGGUCCGACGCCACUCUGACCCAGCUCGCCGCGGGGAACUGAGCGUCUGUGACAGCACCAGCGAGUGGGUGACGGCGGCAGAGAAAAAGACUGCAGUGGACAUGUCUGGGGCGACUGUCACAGUCCUGGAGAAAGUCCCAGUGCCCAAAGGCCAACUGAAGCAAUACUUCUACGAGACCAAAUGCAACCCCAAGGGGUACACAAAGGAGGGCUGCAGGGGCAUAGACAAGAGGCACUGGAACUCCCAGUGCCGAACUACCCAGUCUUACGUGAGAGCUCUCACCAUGGAUAACAAAAAGAGAGUCGGCUGGCGCUUUAUAAGGAUAGACACUUCCUGUGUAUGUACAUUAACCAUUAAAAGGGGAAGAUAGUGGCUUGGUGUUGUAUAGAUUAUAUUGAGACAAAAUUAUCUAUUUGUAUAUAUACAUAACAGGGUAAAUUAUUCGGUUUAAAAAAAAGAAAACAAAACAAAAAGGAGAAAAAAAAAAAGAAGAAGAAGAAGAAUUUUAUGGACUGCAUGUAUAACUGAAGUUUAUACAGUACAGUGGUUCCACAAGCUAUUUAUUGAACAUAUCCAUGACCUGAAGGGGAACAGAAGUCAUUUUUGCGCACAAGUUUAAAAAAAGGGGGGAAAAAAAAGGAGGGGAGGGGGGGGAAAAAAGCAACAAAACCAAGCAAAGAGAAGUCUGCAUUCCAUUCCUCGAUAACAUUGUGGUUUGUCGCCGUUGCCAAGAAUUGAAAAACAUAAAAAAGUUGGAAAAAAAAAAAAACACACAAAAAAAAAAGAAUAAAAAAUUGCAUGCUGCUUCCAAUUGUGAAUUGAUGAUUUAAAACGUCCUCUUUCGGAGAAAAUAAAUCGAACCAAAACAUUCCGUUUACAGCUGAGACAGUAAAUAUCUUUCUUUCUGUUAGCGUUCUAUCUGUUCACUGCUUUUCACUUUCGGGUAGCGUUGGAAUUAAAACGAUGUCAAGGUGCUGUUGUCAUAGUUUGACUGGUUCUCUUUUGUUUGUUGAGCUCCCCUUAGAUUGAGUUAUUGGGGGGGGAGGGGAAGAGGGAGGGAAAAAAAAAAUCAUGACCUUCUUCUGGAUUCAAACCAAAUUUGGUUGGGUUUGGUAGGGUGUGAAGGUGUUUGCGAUAGCAAUGCGACUGCUGAUGGGGAGGGAAAAAAAUUGUAGUGAUGAUUUAAAUAAUCGAUAAUAAAUAAAUUUAAAUACAACAAUAAUAAAAAAUAGUGGUAAUAAAAAUCAUCAUUAAAAAUAAUAAUGAUAAAAAAAUAAUAAUUAUAAUAAUAAUUAAAAGAUAGGCAACUGGGAAAAAAAAAAUCAAAGCAAAAGAUGGGUGAUGUUCCACUUCAUGUUGUUGAACUUCAGGCUUAGAGGCAGCACUUAUUUAACUGUAUGGCAACAUGCCUUUUUUUUUUUAGCUUUAUGGGUUUAUUUAUUGUUAUUUGCUGUCUUUUGAGGUCUGCGUUUGCUUCUACCGCGUUUGUUUGUGUUUGGGAUUUCCUCCUCCCCUCCCCUUUCCUCCCCUCUGGGAGGAUGCUGCCUGUGAUCUUUCAAGCGCUUCGCUUAGCAUGCAGCUGGAGCUUGUCCUAUAGAAGAUAUUCUAUAGGAGGCUGAGAGCAAUUUUCGUGUAAUAAAAGACUCUGCACUUAAAUGUCUGGGUGAAGCACCCUGGCAAAAGGGUCUAGAAAGAUGAUAGUGGCUCUGAAAUCAGGUCGGUCGUGGGACUGAGUAGCUCAGCCACUUCAGGGACAAAUAACAGUGUUUGGGGUUGACUGAGGCUGUCCAAAUCGUAAUCAGUGCUGAAUGUGGUCCUAUGCAUCCUGCAAGAGUGAGGACUUUGCUCUCUACACUGCUGCCUUUGCGCUCCGCAGCGCUUCUGGCAGCCUCAGGCCAGCGGAGCACUGUGAGCAAGUUGCUGUGGCAUCCCUGCCUGAAGGAGCCCUGGGGAGCAGCCGGGGAAGGCGGCAGAAGGGAGCCCUGCCUGGAGCUGAGAGCAAUUAGCAUUUGUGUUCGUGCGGCUCUACCUCUGCUGUCAGCCUUGUUUUGUGAAACAACUCUUGGCACAAAAAAAUCCUCUUGACGUAAGUGAAGAGCAAGUGCUGGAGGAGUUGGCUUAGCGUUGCUUAGGUUCUGACAGACGUAUUUAGCCCUGUGCUACCCCUCCAACUAUCCUGACAGAAGUCUUUCUAAAAAGGCAGGUUGUAAGCCUGAGAGCUGUGCAUAGCACUUGCUCUGACUACAGUGGGCAGAGGGGCAGAAAUAGCUCAUUAGUGAGCUCACUGGAGGCAGAUGCUAUAUUUGUAGUUGCUGUACAUGAAGAGAAGUAACUGAACAAAGAGGAAAAUGCUGCAAAAUAGACCUGCUGCAGGAUCUGCAAUAGUCUGCCUUGUUGUUGAAUUCAGUUAAAAACCUAGGCUGGGCAAAGCUUAUCUGAAAAUGAUAGAAAGCCUGGAAGCCAACAGGCACCUUCAAUAUCAGUGAUUUCUUCUACUAGAGGUGGAAGGGCUUCCCCAUCCCUAAGAUAACUGUCGAGGAAGAGUCAUCUCAGCUGUACAAUGGAAGCAUUUUACGUUGGCCAGAUGUGCAUGGACAGUGAGUGAGAAGAAAGGGUUGUAACCCCCCUCAACUCCAAACCUCAGCCUUCCCUAUCAGUUGUAAGUUGUCCCUCUAAGUCUCCCACAUAGGGACUUACUGAAAUGCCUCAGCACUUCAGCUGAAGUGUUCUUCGUGCAAGUUAACUGCUGAUAGAGUGGAGAAUUUCUUUCCACUGUAGCCAGUCCCUGUAUGUCUAUUACAAUUCUUUGCAUUUAAUAACCCAGCCAUAGCUCAGGAGCUGUUCUCAACAAAGUUCCCAAACUACAGCAGAGAGAUGGUGACAUAGUGGCUCCCAUCAAAACCAGUGCUGGUUGCUUUGGAAGGGGAAAGGAUGUGACUGAUAAUGAGUGAAUAACAAACAUUAUGGCUCAGCUAGACUGGAAAAAGAAAUGAUAGCUAGGAUGUGGCAGUAAUCUCAUUCAGAUAAAGGAAUAAAAUAAUUCCCAGGUCAUAGAAAUUGAAUUUCCAAGAGAAUCAUGCUAGAAAUAAAGCUCCUUAUAUCCCAAAGUUAAUUAUGGCUAUAUUCUUAUCUCAGAAACCCUCUCCUGGCAUAGGUAAAGACGACACUGCUGUGCUAGACAUGAGGUAGUGGGCUAGUAGGUUCAGAGGGCAAAGGGCAGCCCCUGUGGGUGGGGGCAAUAAGGGCUGGAGCAGAGAACCUGCAGAAGCACUGUCCCCUGUGACUACAGCAAGUGACACUCUCCAGAACAUGCCAGUUCUGUGCCUACUGAUGUGAAGGUGGCAAAAACACUGCAGUCCCAUGGCUCCCACCUGUCUGACCUGGUACAGCGUGAUGACAGGCUUGGCAGUUCUAACAGACCAGAGGCUGUGGGGAUGGUGUGUGUGAGGGGGGUCGUCUUUCAUGUCACUUAAUGAAACUCUUGCUGUGGUCUGUUUGUGACAAAGGUAUAUCAUGCAUGUCAGCAGGCCUAGUGCUGUGUUCAAGUAAAGACUCUUGCAACUGUAAGUCAAAUGUCUGUGGCCUUGUUCUCUAUUAUUCACCUUGUGUAACAUAAAUAUUUAUUGUAUAUUUAUAUAAUUUUAUGGGGGGUGGGGGGGG